AUGUUUUCUUUCAACGAUUAUUUCUCAAUUCAAGUGUUUUUCAUUGUUCUACGUGAGACUCUCGAGCUGGCGAUCAUUAUCUCAGUGCUACUCGCAUUCGUAGAUCAGGCUGCAAAUGAUAAGCACAAGAAAUCAGGGGAUUACAAAAGUAUCCCUAACGAGAGCUUCGAAACGGAUGAGCAUCAACGAAGGGAAGAUGAAUGCCUGAGACUCAAAUUAAAUAUAUGGGCGGGCGGAAUUUCAGGUUUUGCAGUGUGUCUUCUUGUGGGCACGGCUAUUCUAGUGGUUUUUUAUCAAGUGGGCCAAGACCUAUGGGCUAUUACGGAGCAUUAUUGGGAAGGUGUUUUCUCAAUUGUGGCUAGUGUCACAAUCUCUUUUAUGGGGGUGAAGAUUCUUCGAGUGACGAAGAUGCAGAAGAAAUGGAAGCACAAGUUGGGCUCUGCCAUUAACAAUCUACAAUCGGGUGUUUCGAAUGUAGCUUGGAAAGAGCGCUACGCUUUAUUUCUUCUCCCGUUCGUGACCACCUUGAGAGAAGGACUAGAAGCGAUUGUCUUUGUCGGCGGGAUUGGCAUAAAUGAGAACACAAGCAUCGCCUCAAUAAUCAAUGCUGCUCUUUUAGGUAUUGCAAUUGGAUCUGGAGUUGGAAUUGUGAUGUUUCGUACGGGCCAUACGCUCUCUAUCCAAUUGUUUUUGGUCAUCUCGACAUGCUUUCUCUAUCUUGUCGCAGCGGGAUUGUUUGCCAAAGGCGUCUGGAAUCUCGAACUCCAGCAGUUCAUUCUUAAGUGUGGCGGUUUGGAUGUGAGCGAAACAGGAGAUGGCCCCGGAUCCUAUGACAUAAAUCAGAGUGUCUGGCAUGUCAAUUGUUGCAAUGGCGAACGUGCAGAAGACGGCGUGUGGUGGAUGUUAUUCACAGCAGUCCUCGGCUGGACAAAUAGUGCCACUUAUGGAAGUGUUAUUUCCUACAAUCUUUACUGGCUCUUCAUUAUUUCUAUGUUCACCGCUUUGAUCUAUGAGGAACGUUUUGGACAAUUGCCUUUGGUGCCUGCUGCCUGGCAAAAAAGAAGAAUCGCAAAGAGACUAUUAUUGGAUGACAAUCUAUCACCUCGGAAUAGUGUGGAUUCUAUCAACUCUCGAACAGAAUUGAACGUUUCUUGA